GCUCGUGUCUCCUCCCGCUGCUGCCGCCUCUCCCCCUCCUGCCUCUUUCUUUGUUCCCCACCUACCAAAGCACGAGUUACAGGCGGUGAAGCCCAGUCCUCAGAAGCUCAGGGCAGCUGCCGGCAGGUGUGUAAGUGCCGCCCGGGCACAAGACGCACAGUCCCCCGAGCCCCCCGCUGCCCCGUGUCCAGGGCACCUUUCCUGGCGCUGCCGGGACUCUGUCGCUGGACGCAGACCUGCUGUCUGCCUGUCUGUCACCCCCUACCCUCCCGGGGGAGCGUUUGGGUGGUUUCCAGUUCCUGACACGCAGGAGUAAUUAUUUCAGGUUUAAUUUGCUCUUUAUCUAGUUUCUUAGAACGAAAGCUUGGAUGAUUGAUUUGAGACCCUUUUAUAAAAACUGCUUAGUUGAGAUAAAAUCUACAUGUGGUAAAACCCGCCCAUCUGGAGUGUACGGUCCAGUGAGGUGCAGCGUGGCCGCAGUCGCCCUGAAACAAGCUCGAGCCGGCCAGCCCCUCCCGCAGGCCUCUCUUUGUCCAGCCAGCCUCCGGGCACACCCCUCCUGUGAUCCCUCUGGGGUCUUCACCUCCGUCCGGGGGCACCUGGGCCGUGUGCACAUGCAGGCCUCAGCGGACUCCAGCCAGGACAGCCUCCCGGUCAGCCGUCCCCUGCGGGGCUGGUCUCGCGGCUGUCCUGGGCUUUCCCGGGUGGACCCCGGGGCCUCCCUGAGCCAGAGCCCCACUCGCCCUUGGGGGCGUUGGGGAAACGGAGAGCACGUGUGGUUUUUCUGUGAGGGGAGCCUGUGCUGACUUGAAGUCUGGGGGACCCGGCAGGGCGGCAGCACCCUCAGGACCCCGCUCCCCUGGGCCCCCGACCUCGUGCCGCCCCGGCGAGCUCCGUUUCUCCUCCACCCGGAAAGCCCCGGCCUCCGUUCAGCUCUUUUGUCUUUGGAGGAGAGGUGGUGGGACGCCGGGGGAUGUGCAUGGGGGGAUGGCCGGGGCCUGGCAGCCUCCAUGCCGACGUGGUCUCUGGGGCCGGCCGUAGCAGUGCCUGUGACCGUCCUUCCCGCCCUGGCGGUGCCGCUCUUGGGGCCCCCUCCGGGCCGGCUGCAGCCCCCGCGGCCCCCCACACCCCGCCUGAGCCUGGCCCCCGCCUGCCGCCGCAGAUGCAGCCGGGCCGCGGGCGAGCGGGGGGCCGGCUCCCAGGCUGGCGGACUCGCGAGGCUGACGCGCUCUCGCCCGUUUGCAGACUACGUCUACUUCGAGAACUCCUCCAGCAACCCGUACCUGAUCCGGAGGAUCGAGGAGCUCAACAAGACGGCCAACGGGAACGUGGAGGCCAAGGUGGUGUGCUUCUACCGAAGGCGGGACAUCUCCAGCACGCUCAUCGCCCUGGCCGACAAGCACGCCACCCUGUCGGUCUGCUAUAAAACCGGAUCGGGGGCCGACAACGGCGAGGAAGGUGAAACAGAGGAGGAAGUGGAGAACCCAGAAAUGGCAGACCUGCCCGAGAAGCUCAGGCACCAGCUGAGGCAUCGGGAGCUCUUCCUCUCCAGACAGCUGGAGUCACUGCCCGCCACCCACAUCAGAGGGAAGUGCAGCGUCACUUUGCUCAACGAGACUGAGUCCCUCAAGUCCUACCUGGAGCGGGAGGACUUCUUCUUCUACUCUCUCGUCUAUGACCCCCAGCAGAAGACCCUCCUGGCUGACAAGGGGGAGAUCCGUGUCGGGAACCGGUACCAGGCGGACAUCACCGACCUGCUGAAAGAAGGCGAGGAGGACGGCCGAGACCAGGCCAAGCUGGAGACCAAGGUGUGGGAGGUUCACAACCCGCUGGUGGACAAGCAGAUCGACCAGUUCCUGGUGGUGGCCCGCUCCGUGGGCACCUUUGCACGCGCCCUGGACUGCAGCAGCUCUGUCCGACAGCCCAGCCUGCACAUGAGCGCCGCGGCCGCCUCUCGGGACAUCACCCUGUUCCACGCCAUGGACACGCUGCACAGGAGUGUGUACGAUGUCGCCAAGGCCAUCUCGGCCCUGGUGCCGCAGGGCGGGCCCGUCCUCUGCAGGGACGAGAUGGAAGAGUGGUCGGCCUCGGAGGCCAGCCUGUUCGAGGAGGCCCUGGAGAAGUACGGGAAGGAUUUCACUGACAUUCAGCAAGACUUCCUCCCCUGGAAGUCGCUCACCAGCAUCAUCGAGUACUACUACAUGUGGAAGACCACCGACAGAUACGUGCAGCAGAAACGCUUGAAAGCAGCGGAAGCGGAGAGCAAGUUAAAGCAAGUUUAUAUCCCCAACUAUAACAAGCCAAACCCGAACCAGAUCAGCGUCAAUAACGUGAAGGCAGGCGUGGUGAACGGUGCCGGGGCGCCAGGCCAGAGCCCUGGGGCCGGCCGGGCCUGCGAGAGCUGUUACACCACCCAGUCUUACCAGUGGUAUUCUUGGGGUCCCCCUAACAUGCAGUGUCGCCUCUGCGCAUCUUGUUGGACAUAUUGGAAGAAAUAUGGUGGCUUGAAAAUGCCAACCCGGUUAGAUGGAGAGAGGCCAGGACCCAACCGCAGUAACAUGAGCCCCCACGGCAUCCCAGCCCGGAGCAGCGGGAGCCCCAAGUUUGCCAUGAAGACGAGACAGGCCUUCUACCUGCACACCACCAAGCUCACGCGGAUCGCCCGGCGCCUGUGCCGUGAGAUCCUGCGCCCGUGGCAUGCCGCCCGGCACCCCUACAUGCCCAUCAACAGUGCGGCCAUCAAGGCUGAGUGCACGGCACGGCUGCCCGGAGCCUCUCAGAGCCCGCUGGUGCUGAAGCAGGCCGCGAGGAAGCCCCUGGAGGCCGUCCUGCGGCACCUUGAGACCCACCCCCGCCCCCCGAAGCCCGACCCCGUGAAGAGCGUGUCCGGCGUGCUCGGUGGCCUGACCCCGGCCAAGUCGGCCCCCGUCAUCAACAACGGCUCCCCUACCAUCCUGGGCAAGAGGAGCUACGAGCAGCACAACGGGGUGGACGGCAACGUGAAGAAGCGCCUCUUGAUGCCCAGUAGGGGUUUGGCGAAUCACGGACAGACCAGGCACAUGGGACCAAGCCGGAACCUGCUGCUCAACGGGAAGGCGUACCCCACCAAGGUGCGGCUGAUCCGGGGGGGCUCCCUGCCCCCCGUCAAGCGGCGGCGGAUGAACUGGAUCGACGCCCCCGAUGACGUGUUCUAUAUGGCCACCGAGGAGACCAGGAAGAUCCGCAAGCUGCUCUCGUCCUCCGAGACCAAGCGCGCGGCCCGCAGGCCCUACAAGCCCAUCGCCCUGCGCCCCAGCCAGACCCUGCCGCUGCGGCCGGCCCCGCCAGCGCCUGUCAACGACGAGCCCAUCGUCAUCGAGGACUAGGCGCCGCCCGCCUGCCCGCAAGGCCCUCCAUCCGCAGACCGCGCCCGCCCGCCGCCCCGCCGCCCGGUUUCGGUAGU